CUAACCAGGGGCGGCCCGCAGAAGCUUCCAGCAUCUGCCCCUAACUCCUGCCCAGACUCGCACAUCCAAGGGCAGAUCUGGUUGGCACUCACUUCUUAUCACAAUUGGCCUGUGCCCAUGGGGGACCACAGGCUGCUGAAAUGGCUGCUCCUGGUGGUGGUGGUGGUGGUGGUGGUGGCGUUUCUGCUUGUGACCACGAUCAUCUUCGCUGUCCAGGCCAACAGCAAGGCCUGCAAGGAUGGCCUCCGAGCAGAGCAGGAGUGUCGCAAUGGCACCCACUUUCUGGAGCACCAGCUAAGGCGGGCCCAGGAAGUCUUACAGGGGACUGAGACCCAGGCUGCCAUCUGCAAUCAGACUGUGGUGACCCUGAGGGCUUCCCUGGAGAUGGCGAAGGCUGACAGCCGGGAGCAGCUGGCCCGAGUGCAGGAGCUUGAGGGAGAGACGGCGGCUUUGAAGCAGCAGUUGCAGAACGCUCUGGCGGAGGUGGAACGACUACGACAAAGGAAUGAUGGGGCCUCAGGUGGGAACAACGACCCUGCCAGCUCGGCGAACGCCCUCAGCCCCUUGGUGGCCGCUGUGUUCCUGCCCCUGGGCCUCUGGGAUCUGCAGGCCUGAGGUCCCAGGAAGCCGCCGUCACAACCCCUGCCUUCCAGACUUCCCUGACCUGGCGGUUCCAGGAGCACUGCAGGCUGCUGCGGGGAGGGGCAGGGGGAUGGAGUAGCAGUGGGGGGCCAUGAAGCAUUGCUGGGGGGACCAUGGGGCAGCGUUGGGGGGUAGAGAAGCAGCAGAGUUGGCCCAGGGCUGCCCCCCACCAGACCCCAGAGCUGGGCAGGGCAUAGGGUGCCUUCUUGCUUCUUGCUGUCACGGUUUCUGGAAGGUCACUUUGUUCUGGGGUCUUUGGGCUCCAAAAAAAUAAACACCCCUUUUGGCGGAAAGACCUUACUCUGAAGUUCCUGGAGUGUCAUUGUCAUCCCCAAGCAUCUGGGGCCUGCCCUGCGGGCUAGGGUGGAUACUGCUGAUGUUCAUACCCAGCCUUCCCUGUUCCAGAACGUUCCCAGGUAUUCCCGCCCCCCAGGUUCAGGCAGGCACCACCCCACUGCCUCCUGGGCCCUCUUCCCCGCUGAGAUCAUCUUAAAAGGCUCCACGCCCUCGUCAGCACUCAAUACGAGCAGAGCGCUCUGCUCUCACCCGUGGAUCCAGUGAGGAAACUGAGGCUGCACCAAAGGACAGCGAGGGACACCUUGUCCUGGUUCCCAAACCCCUCCCACAGAAAGUUCAGGGCUGGGGAUUCAAACCUGCAUCUGCAGACACACACAGGCCAGGCCUUUGUCCCAAUGUCCCCCGUCCUUCCCCCCUAAACUUGCUCAUCCUGCAGUACCCAGCUCUGGGAAGCCCUCCUCCAGAGUCUCAGCUUCCCCAGAAUUGAGGGCUACUGUCCGGUCGACCCUUCACCCACUUUCUUGGGUCCUCCCGUGCCGUACCCCGUAAUCCCUUCCUCCUCUGUUAUCUUCCCGCCUCCAGCUUCCCCUGGAAUCCCAACUAUUGUUCAGGCAGCUUCCCGUGUGGGGCACUUGGGCAGGGGCCCUUGCGUCUGCCCAGACUUCCCAGAAUUCUGCACUGCCCUCAGGCCCCACAGUCCCCAGCCCAGAUGUUCAGGAGACCCCCCUCCUUGGCUCCCACUGUCCUUUCAGGAUCCCCCAAAUGGCAUCCUUGCCACAGGCCCCUCUGGCUCUCAUCCCCUCACGUCACCUUCUUUACCAUGCUCCACCCUCCCUGACCAUUUCUCUGCUCACUGAUGUUGUGGGGUCCCCCCCAGCCAAGUGCUCCAGCAGUGUUUCCCAGCCUUGGCUCUGUUGACUUCAGGCUGGACCAGCCUCUGGCGGGGCUGCCCUGGGCACUGCAGAAGCGUCCCUGGCCUCCACCCACCAGAUGCCAAUAGCGCCUCCACCCCAGGUUGUGACAACCGAAAAUGCCUUCAGACACGGCCGAGUGUCCCCAGGGGGCAGCACUGCUUCUGGGGAGGACCGCUGCUCUAGAGGGUGAGGCUCGGGUCCCCCUCGCAUCUGUGUCCCCAGCUUGCACGGGGCUCAGCGGGAGCUCGUGGAGUCAUGUAUGAUGGCCGAAUCAUUUCAUGCCACCAACAGCCCCAUCUAACUGUCGACACAAAUAAUCCAGAAGCAUUCCACAGGGGAGAAGAGAAGAGAGGAAAUUUGAGCCACACAGGCCUGUAGCCUGGCAGGGAGCCGCAGCCUUCGCACAGGAGGAAAGCACUCCAGAAAGUCACGUCCAACAGGAGACUUACAUCGAGCUUGACAGGCGCAUCCUUUGCAGGGUUCAAGGCGAUGUUUUGUUACAGGUGACCCGGCGCCACAGGGAUGGAGACCUGCCGUCGAGUGCUGGCGUCACAAGAAGGGAGGCGUUGGUUCUCACCCUCAGGCCGCUCUCUGCCUCUGCGGGCGCGUGAAGCAGAUGGGCAGCAAGCGCUGACACCCGCACAGCAGGCUUCUUUGGCUCAAAUAAAAUUCAGGCCAAAUCAAGUUCA